AUGACUACGAAUUUAUCAAAAGAAGAAAUUUUACAACAACUUCAUGAAACAAUGAAAACAGAUCCUAACAUUAAAAUUACUAUUAUAAUAAAUCAAUCAUUAGAAUAUCUCGAUACUAGUAUUGAAAAUAAUAAUGGAAAUUUAAAAACAACUAUUUAUCAUAAAUCAGCUUGGGAACCUUAUAUUCUACCUUAUAAAUCUGAUCAUCCACGACACAUGCAUGCAAAUAUAAUUUAUACGAUGUUAGUCAGAGCAGCACGUCUUUGUUCAAGUGUGGAAAAUUUUGAUAUGGAACGAUUAAGUACAGAAAUGAUUUUAUUAGUUAAUGGUUAUCCACCAAAAUUUAUACAACAACACAUGAAAAAUUUCUUUAUUCAACAUAAUGCCAUGAAUGUGUGGACUGAACUCAAUAGUGAAGCAUAUCAACAACUACAUAAUACCUUACUUUACAAACCAACACGAAGAGAACUUAAAUCCAAAGUCCAAACAAAUGGUGCCUUAAUUCUAAACAGGAAUAAUUAUGAACAUAAAGAUCAAAUUUAUCUACAUUACACAUUUGAAAAUGGACCAUUAUUAGAUUUCAAAAAAG